AUGCUGCUGCUCCACAGCCAGCACGCGAACGAAAGCGGCCUCACAGCUUGCUCACAGCUCGGGUCUGCUGGAGUGGCUUUCGCUUUCCGCCGUCCCAGUCUCCCAAGCUCACCGUCGCCGACAAGUAUAGCCUUACCCGCUUUGGGAACCCCUCUCGAUCCUGUUUGGCUGGAGGGUUCUUUGGGUGCAGAAGUCCAGGGAUCCGACAGGGGAAUUGCGCAUCAUUGGGGCCCUUGCCCAGCGGACUGUCCGGUGAAGCAGAGGUGUGGCCCAGGAGUCCAGGAGAGCAAGCCCCAAAGCCCCCAAAGCCCCCAAACAACGAGCUCGCUGUGCCGGCCAACCAGCACCCUCCCCCGCAGCCAUCGCACCCGCACACUCACACGCACACUCGCACAGAGACGACAGCCGAGAAACAGCGGACUCGGAAAUGGACUGCGUGGCGCCGUGCUCGCAGAUCAUGGGAGGGUUCAGCGGCUUACCGGAGCAUGUGCCUCUCGCGCCAGAACUCUGGGAUCACUCUGGGAUCACUCUGGGAUCACUCGAAUCACUCUGAUCACUCUGGGAUCGCGCAGUGCAGAGCCCUAUCUGGGAAGUUGGCGCAGAUCCACUCGUCUGAAUCCAGCAACGUCGAAGUUGGCUAGCGCGUCUGGGGAGACUUGCGAGUCGCUAGCCUGGCGCACGUCACCAUUCGCUUCUCUGUUCCUUUCUCAGACAACAUGGUGGUGGCUAGAACCUUCACGCGAAGAUGUGAGGUUAUUCGUGGACGAUUCCGUGCUUCCCAAUCGUCCUACAUCAUCGCUUUCUGCAGUGCCUGGGGAGUCGGUUGUCCUUCCGAAUUCCUGGGUUAUCGGCGCUCUAGACCGAGUCUCGACAGGGACCCCAAAAGCCCUGAUUUCCCGAGGCAUUGGCCUCUGCUUGUUGCCUGAAGUACCAGACAGCCUUCCAGAAUCUGAAAUCGAAAAAGCAAGACCCCGAGCAGCAGGGCAAGCCGCCGAGGCUCCAGAAGGCUUGCUGGCCGUGGCAACACCAAGUCUCGGAACUGACAGACGCUCACCAACACCACCACCUCCAACACCGGCGCAUCCCCACCCCGACUGCGCUGGGGGUGCAACAACCGCGAUGACGGGUGAACCGGGUUCGAGGGGCGGGAUCUGUGGCUCAGCGUGCUUGAUUGGUUAACAUACGCACAUAGGCGAAGAGCGAAAAUAGCAUCAAAAUGCGGCACAGCCGCGAAACGAGGCUGUGCUCUAAGAAAUUACACAUCAUUGUUCACAAGCCUACCUAGAUGCACAGGUUACUUCUCAAAGUAGCAUAAAACUCACCUCCACAAGUCCUGGUCGCAGUCAUCGGGAUUAUGCAAAUACCUGCGUUAUAUCGGGCCUCGUGUUGUUUGGUC